UAUAUUUUUAACAUAAAAACAAUGAAUUUUCCAAUUAAUUAUGAUGGUAUGUGUCGAACAUGCUUACGUAAAGCAGAAAAUUCUGCUGAUAUAUUUGCUGUUGGUAAAUCAAAUAUUACAUUGUCAUCAGCCAUAAUGGAAUGUGCGCCAGUUCAUAUAUUACCCGGCGAUGGAAUGCCAACACAAAUUUGUAGCGAUUGUAUCGAUAAAUUACAAAUCGCACAUAGAUUUCGUGAAAUGUGCUUACAAGCUGAUCGAACAUUGCGACAAUACUUAACAGCUAUAGCUGGACCAAUGAACCCACCACCUAUCGCAUCACCUCCUAUGCAUCAUACCAUAAAACAGAAUCGAGCUUAUGAAAUGCCUGUAAAAGUGGAAUUAGUAACACCCAGUGAAGAUGAUCCUUCACAUCAAUCAAUGCAACAAUAUAUGCAACAGCAACCUCCUCCUCCUCCUCAACAGCAACAACAGCAACAACAACAGCAACAACAGCCGCCUCCACCACAGCAACAGCAAGCUCAACAAACUCAACCUCAACAACCAAUGAACAAUAAACCAGUAAUGAACAAAAUGUUACCACAAGUUCAAAUGAAAGAUCCAUUAACAAACGAAGAAAUAAAAUUGGAAACCUUGAAAAAUGUUAAUUAUAAUCAACAGACGCCAACGAAUCCUGUAAAUAAUCGUCCAAUAAAAACGGAACAGAAACGUUUUAGUUGUGAUGUAUGUGAAAAAUCUUUUCCAGUAAAUAACGCAUUAAUCAAACAUUAUCGAAUCCACAGUGGUGAACGUCCGUACAAAUGUAAUAUUUGUGGAAAAGAUUUUAAUUGUAGCAGUACAUUAUCGGUGCAUAUACGUUUCCAUAACAAUGAUCGGCGAUUUAAGUGCAAUUUAUGUGAUAAAAGUUAUGUGGUGAAAAGUCAUCUUACCGUACAUAUGCGAUCACAUACUGGGGAACAUCCGUAUAGUUGUCAUGUAUGUGAUAAACGUUUCCGUAUAAGCAAAAGUCUCACGAGACAUUUAAAGAAUAAUACGUGCGAUCGUGUUGUUAACGAGUAUACGUUACAAAAAUAUAGUGUUACAGGCGUAACAAAUUUAAAUAAUGUACAGAAUGUUACAAAUUUAACGAAUGUUACAACAUUGACAAAUGUUACAAAUGUAACGAUGUAA